GAACUGAUUAACAUUAGUGUUGUGUCGAAACUGCCAAAGGAGACGGAAAAGUCGCUGUUUGAAUGGAGCGACCACUCAAUCAAUAGCGAAUUACCGCUGGCCUGCGGUUCGUCCGUUACGUUCGACCUGACACUCAACGCCAUCGGAGACUUUGUGAUCGAAACGAACGCAACCAAAAGCAAUACUACGCGAACGGCGGCCGCCAACAGGUCGUCAGCGGCGGCCAGUCGUAGCCAAACGCCGUACAGUUCGCACCAGAAUUCUCCCGCACACGCGUCGGCCAGCGCUGCCAAAAAGACUCAGUUAUUAGGUUCGACUACUUUAGCGAAUUUCAUCUCUGAAUUACAAACGAGUAAUAAAUCCAAACAAAUAAGUGAUAAACGAAUUACAGAAAGCAUUGAUUUGUGUCCAUCAAAGAUAGUAGAAGCCGUGCUUCAGUUUGAAUACAGCGGAGGUCCGGGUCUCGCCUCCGGUUACUGUAGGCAUAGUUCGUUGGCAAUCACUAUUGAGAUCCAGCCCUCACUACUUAUCACUCAUUGGGAUGUAUUGCCAGCCGAUCUGCCAACCAAUUGUUUUCUAGUGUUGGACGCAAUGAAUGCCACCACACAGGAGAUGGAACUCCGAUACACAUCCAGCAAAGAGAUACUUAUUGAAGCCAACGAGACGUGUCGUAUACCUGUGCCGAUAGAGCGCUGUCCGCUUGUGGACGACGAGGUCGACGGCGACGACAAACGGGACGAUUCAUCGCAGUCUUUAUUGUCGCGUUGUCGACAGCAUCUGAUCAAUCAAUUGAGCCUAAAUUGGAUGCUCUCGUCGACGGGAAUCAAAGGGACCGCAUCUGUGGCUAACGUUCCCUAUUCUGACCAAAUGCUGAAUUCAAUCCUAUUGUCGCCCAUUCAAUGGGAAGUGACUUUAAACGAACAAAACCUCCGAAACGGCAAUGAGUUUUGCUUUAAAACCGGUCAAUACAUAUCUGUGGGCAUAUCGUUGUAUAACUGUUCGGCCGUAUCGUUGAAGUCGUUGAAUCUCUCCAUUCAUUACUAUCAGGACUACCAAAACAGUCAUCGCAUCGGAAAAGAGCGUAAUUAUCGGCUCGAUAUGAAGAAAGCGUUGACUGGAUUUGAUAGAGUGAUCAUUAAUGAGAUCGAAUCGAUGAAGAGUUACUGCCAUGAAUGCGGUCUCACAUUCUUCUACACCGGUAUAUAUAAACUGGAGAUUGAGUGCAACUCAAUGACCGCAACCGAUGAGUCCAUUAAACAUAAAGUGCUGACCAGUAGUGAUAUCGCGCAGAAUAAGGCGGCGAAGAGUCCAUCGGCGGUGACAUCGCUGUGGAAAUGUUCGCCUUCUAUAGUGAUUAGCAUUGAAUAGUGAUUUGAAACGUUGUUUUUUCUAUUACUGUAUUAUAUAAACGACUCGUAAAUAUACGUAAAGAAUAUAAAUCUAUUUAUUUGUGAAUUUAAUACUAAAUGAAUUGAUUGCUGUUUUUAAUGCCCG